CUUAAAUUUGUAACUUCUGUGAUUAAAUUCUCGUUCAAAGAAUAUCUCGAAAAAUUAGAGAAAAAUUGUUGAUAGUUACUCAUUUAUUUAUUUAUUUAUCUUGAUUGCGUGUUUUUUAAUUUCAUUAAUUAUAAUUCGAAUCGUAAAUCUGAAUCUGUCUAUUUAAUUUGUUAUUAGGCUGAGGCCAAGAAAAAAGAAGAAUUUAAAAAUUAAUAAAAUAUUAAUAAAGUUUAAUUAAAUAAAUUUGUUAUUUUAAAUUUAAAAUAAUAUAGUUAAGUUAGGGAUGUCUUUCCAAAUCAAUGUGCCGCCAUCUCUGGUGGCAAAGAUAAAGAAGGAUGAAGAGACUGCUGAGGAAGAGAGUAGAGAAAAGAAGAGAGAAGAUUGGAGGAAGAUUAAGGAGUUGGAGGAGGCCAGGAAGGCUGGAACUGCCCCUGCCAUGCAAGACGAAGAGGGAAAGGACAUCAACCCCCACAUUCCUCAGUACAUCAUGCAGGCACCAUGGUACAUCGGGGCUCUCCAGCCUACUCUGAAACAUCAGAGGGAACCUGAUGAAAGAAAAAAAGUUUAUUCAGGCCUAAAUGAGUGGUACAACAAAGGGGUGAAGGAAGAGGUCACUGCCACAAAGUUCAGAGAGGGAGCGUGUUCAAAUUGCGGUGCUAUGACCCAUAAGAAAAAAGAUUGUUUUGAAAGGCCUCGAAAGAUUGGAGCAGAGUACACAGGAACGAACAUAGCGCCAGAUGAGUUCAGCCAACCGCAACUUGACUUCAACUACGAAAGCAAGAGGGAUCGCUGGAAUGGCUACGAUCCGGCCAAUCAUAGAAGAAUUUUUGAAGAAUUUCAGAAGAUGGAGGAAAUGAGGAGAGAGAUGAAGGCUAAAAAGUUGGAUAAAUCGUUGAUGGUGGGGGAAGAAGAUGGCGCUGUUGAGGACAAUGCCAAAGAAGAGGAAGAGGAUGGAGAUGAGGAUGAUGACGAGAAGUAUGCAGACAGUAUGGCGAUGCCCGGGCAGAAGUUCGAAACUAAGCAGAGGAUCACCGUUAGGAAUUUGAGGAUUAGAGAAGAUACUGCUAAGUACUUGUACAACCUGGAUCCAAAUUCCGCAUUCUACGAUCCCAAAACCAGAUCCAUGAGGGAAAAUCCGUUCAAGGAUAAAGGUGUUGAUCCCAAGGACCUACCCUACGCUGGGGACAAUUUUGUCCGGUGGUCCGGCGACGCUUACGAGAUUGCCAAGAAGCAGAAAUUUGCUUGGGAAGCCUAUGAGAAAGGUUCGGAUGUUCACGUUCAGGGGCUGCCGACGAAACUGGAACUCUUGAACAAAGAGUACGAGAAGAAGAAAGAUAUCAUAAAAGAUCGACAGUGGUCCAACAUCAUUGAAAAGUACGGGGGGCAGGAACAUUUAAAUGUUCUUCCUAAAUCUCUGUUGCUUGCACAAACGGAGGAAUACGUGGAAUAUUCGAGACACGGUACAAUCGUGAAGGGUAGCGAGAAAGCCAUUGUCAGAUCAAGAUACGAAGAAGAUGUACUGGAAAAAAAUCACACUGCUAUCUGGGGUUCAUUUUGGAAGGAAGGCAGCUGGGGUUACAAGUGUUGUGAGUCAAUUGUCAGAGGGUCUUACUGUAUUGGUCAGUCUGGCCUGCAGACUAAGUUGUUAGAAGAAAAAGAAGAAGAAGAGGAGGAGAAGGAAAACGAAGAUAAUAAAUCACCGAAAGAUAAGAUAAUCUCCGAAAAAGGUAAAACUUCAUCGAGCGCGUCUAACGAAGAAGACACAACCAACGCCAUCAGCAGCAACGGCUGUAGCAACACCACAAAGUCGUUACUACACCAACAUCUUGAAAAGUUACAAGCCGAAGAGAAGCAAAAGGAAAGAGAAGAAAGGAAGAGGAAGAAGAAGUCAAAAAAGAAUAAAAAGCAUAAAAAGCAUAAGAAACAGAAAAAGGAAGGUAAAUCUAAUAAUAAAUCACGAGAUUCCAGCAGUGAUGACGAUGAUGAUUCUAGCGACGACGACGACGAUGAUGAUCGUGAAAAGAAGAUUACAAAGGCCAUAAGACAAGAGAAAAAGAGAUUGAAGGAAGUGGAAAAAAUGAUGAAAGUAGAUGAAAAGAGUCGACCAUAUAACGUCCUGUACGAUGGUAAGGGGCCGACUGAGGAGCAAAUUGAGGCCUACCAGAGGUUAAGGGUCAGACCGGAUGACCCCAUGGCCAAUUACGUCGAUAAUGAGAGAUGAAUUCUGAUUGGUUGGUUGUGAUCGACAUGAUUGGUUGGAUGCGUUUGUACACUUCAAACUUUUUUAACCUUAAAUUUUUGACUUUUUCGUAAAAUUAAUAAAAAUUUUGGAAUUUAAUGAAAAUUCGAUUUCUAUUCAUUCGUUUAAAU